AUGCGCUGCCCCAAUAAAGACGUUAGCAGUGAUAGUGAUCAGGAUCAAAAUGGAAAUGAUGGUGAUGGUGAUGGUGAUGGUGAAAGUAAGAACGAUGGUGGUGACAUUGUUGAUACGAAGGAGCGUAGUAUUGACGCCGAGAAUGAAGGCGGAGGUGUUGGUGCCAUCGUUGGUGCGUCAAUCUCGGCAGUUGUCGUCGCUGUUAUCUUGAUCUUGGCAUUUAUCUUUUUCAGAAAAAGAAGAACACAAAAGCGACGAGUAAAAGAGACGCCUUCACUGGGAAAUGUUGAUGAAAUGAAGACAUUUGAAGUUGAAAACAAUGUCGGUGUUACCGAUGAGGAUGAUCAACUUGUGAACGAAAUCGUAGAUGAAUGCAUUUGUGAAAAAGACACAGAUGAGAAAUGUGAAAAGAGCAUCUCUCCCGUUCCGAUUGCGGAAUUCAUAUCCUAUGUAAACAUGCUCAAAACAAACAAAAAUUACGAAUUUCACAAAGAAUUUGAUACAUUGCCUAAAGUAAUGAAAGCAUCUUCUGAAGUUGCUAAGAAGCCAUUCAACAAAGAGAAAAACCGAUAUAAAGAUAUCGUGACAUAUGACCAUUCUCGAGUAAUUCUUUCAGGAAAUGAGGAUAGUGACUACAUUAAUGCCAGUUAUAUUAAUCCCAAAUGCGAGAAAUAUUGGCCUGGAAAAGGAAGUGUAAUGUUUGGAGAUAUCGAAGUAACUCUGUUGAAAACUGAGGAAUUUUCCCACUACGUCAUGCGUACAUUGCAGAUAAAAAGGGACGACGAAGAACGCGAAGUGCGACAUUUUCACUUUCUGUCUUGGCCUGAUCAUGGCGUUCCCAAAUAUCCAACACAACUUCUUGCAUUCAGAAGACUUUUCAGAACUUAUCACCUGGAAGAUUCGGGUCCUUGCGUGGUUCACUGCAGCGCUGGUGUUGGUAGAACUGGGGUGUUCCUUGCAAUAGAUACGAUCCUUGAGAAGUUUGAAAAAGAUAUGAUCGAUUUUAUUGACGUUUAUGGACAAGUUUAUGCAAUGAGAAAGCAGAGAAUGAUGAUGGUACAAACAUUGACAGCCGUAGCUGAUUCGUACGUUAUGUCGAUUGAAAAUUUUAUGGAGUUGAUUGGAAGGUGGGAAGUGUUUGUCUAA